AUGGCUCUGCAGCCUUACCGGGAAGAAGAUUUAAAUUUUUUCAAAUUCGCGUCUCUUGUGUUGAAUGAAUUUCCAAACGCCCUGAGACAGACAUUUAAAGCCAUGUGGGACAACACCUAUGGACAUCGCGCUGGCUUCCAGCUCUGGGAUGAUUCCACUACCGUGAGAAAUAUGUUUUCCGCUACAGAAGGUGGCAGAACCAAAGUUCCUGUCCAUCAGUCAUAUCACGAAUGGGAUUGCACUGCGUUGUUCCAGGCCACCAUUUACUCGCGAGUCUUCACCUCACAUCACGGAACGCUAAAUGACGUGUAUGUUAAGCCUCGUGGACUAUCAUAUGGCCAUUUUCAUCCGUCCGUAGUGAGCACAACUGGAAACAAUGUUGAAACCUGUGCAUUAGCGAUUGAUCAGUUACGCCUUUUGAGGAAUUCCGUUUGCCACUCAACAAGUUCUGAGAUAAAAAAAGUAACCUUUGACCAGCAGGUGAAACCACGAGGAGCCGCAUGCAGUAAAAUUUCUGUCCCGUAAUUUAAUCAGUUAAAUCAUCAAAGUUGACAGAUCUUUCUGAUGAUCAAAGCGACCGUUCGGUUAACCAUUUACACCUUCAGUGCGAAGACUGUCACCUUCAGGAUAAUUGCUUACCAUAACAGUGGUAGGUCGCGCGCGUCUGGUCGGUUUCGCAGAACGUGAUCGUGACUGUUGUUUUCAUUCAGAGACUGAGCGCGUUGAUAUGCCAACGUUUAAAACAGACUGCAACAUUAAAUUUUUGUUAUAGAAGCAAAGAAGCUGCUGAGUAGAAACUAAACCGUCCCAGACUUAUUCCGUUUCAUUCGUGUACCUUCAUUUUGAUGGAGUCUUUAUGAUGAAUUUACCUCUGCCUUUUAAUCAGGCACAUAAACAACAUAGAGAUAAAACAUUUCAUUUUGCUUUUGUGGAGUAAAUUCAUCUUAAAAAAGUUAAACUAGUGGACCACUUCCUCCGCGUACUUGUAAAAAUAGGCAUUUAAUAUGUCGCGCUACGGUGCGAAAAUCUUCUUGUCGUGGAUUAGAUUUCAGUAUACAUAUUGUUAAUCUUCAUUUCGCGCCAGAAUAAAUUAGUUUGUGCGCAAAGGGCUUCUAAAAAAAAAUCACAAGGUUUGUCCCACUUCGAGUCCACCUUCUGGAGAUACGCCGACAUGGUAGCUGGAAUACAUUGCCGAGGCGAAGAUCUGGCAUUUUUUCCUCCACGUCUUUUUCUCUCCGCGAUGUUUGUUUAUAUUUGUAGUGAGAAUGCCGUGCAUAUCGGUGGAUUUUACUUCAGUCGGCUUCAGUUCCUGCGGCUUGCUACUCAUCAUAAAGAAGAGUGCCGGAAUCGCUUUGUUCGCCUUUAACAGAUUUGUUGUCGAACGCAAGGUAAAAGAACGGACUACUGUAAGGUAAGAAUUGAAGUUUAAAUUUGUUUCUCGGGGAAAAAUAGUGCAUACAACUCGUGGAACCCGUGAGUAUUACCUAUGUUUAAUAUACCGGAUGUCAUGCGAUGACCCCUCGCUUUUACGAUGGAUAAGACGGAUACAAACAAUAAUUUCUUUCGCAAAGUUUAGUAUAAUUUACUUAAUAUGGAGAUCAUCUGAGGACGAUUUUUCGUUAUAUAUGCUUCAUUUCUUGGCUUAUUCCGGCUACGUGCGAAAAAUUAGAUGGCAAUAUGUUUGUGCGCUAUAAUUAUACUUAUAACUUCUUGCACCUUGAAACUCAUGAAAGCCAAGUUUGUUUAACCCUAGCAAAAACCUCUUUUAAUGGAGGAACUCAACCUGAUAGUUGCACUAAAAUCUAAUAAUUGUUACUGCAUUUGCAUGCUCUCUGUAACCUCGUGGGUAGAACAUACCCGAUGGUUACAUUAAUACAGUCAUUAAUAAUAAUCACUGCAUUUGCUCUCUGUAACCUCGUGGGUAGAACAUACCUGAAGGUUACGUUAAUAAUAAUCAUUGCAUUUUCUCUUUGUAACCUCGUGGGUAGAACAUACCUGAUUGCUACAUUAAUAAUAAUCACUGCAUUUGCUCUCUGUAACCUCGUGGGUAGAACAUACCUGAAGGUUACGUUAAUAAUAAUCAUUGCAUUUUCUCUUUGUAACCUCGUGGGUAGAACAUACCUGAUGGUUACAUUAAUAAUAAUCACUGCAUUUGCUCUCUGUAACCUCGUGGGUAGAACAUACCUGAAGGUUACGUUAAAAAUAAUCAUUGCAUUUUCUCUUUGUAACCUCGUGGGUAGAACAUACCUGAUGGUUACAUUAAUAAUAAUCACUGCAUUUGCUCUCUGUGACCUCGUGGGUAGAACAUACCUGAAGGUUACGUUAAUAAUAAUCAUUGCAUUUUCUCUUUGUAACCUCGUGGGUAGAACAUACCUGAUUGCUACAUUAAUAAUAAUCACUGCAUUUGCUCUCUGUAACCUCGUGGGUAGAACAUACCUGAAGGUUACGUUAAUAAUAAUCAUUGCAUUUUCUCUUUGUAACCUCGUGGGUAGAACAUACCUGAUGGUUACAUUAAUAAUAAUCACUGCAUUUGCUCUCUGUAACCUCGUGGGUAGAACAUACCUGAAGGUUACGUUAAAAAUAAUCAUUGCAUUUUCUCUUUGUAACCUCGUGGGUAGAACAUACCUGAUGGUUACAUUAAUAAUAAUCACUGCAUUUGCUCUCUGUGACCUCGUGGGUAGAACAUACCUGAAGGUUACGUUAAUAAUAAUCAUUGCAUUUGCUCUCCGUAACCUCGUGGGUAGAAUAUACCUGACGGUUACAUUUAAUAAUAAUCACUGCAUUUGCUCUCUGUAACCUCGUGGGUAGAACAUACCUGAAGGUUACGUUAAUAAUAAUCAUUGCAUUUGCUCUCCGUAACCUCGUGGGUAGAAUAUACCUGACGGUUACAAUUAAUAAUAAUCACUGCAUUUGCUCUCUGUAACCUCGUGGGUAGAACAUACCUGAUGGUUACAUUAAUAAUAAUCACUGCAUUUGCUGUCCGUAAACUCGUGGGUAGAGUAUACCUGAUGGUUACAUUAAUAAUAAUCAUUGCAUUUUCUCUUUGUAACCUCGUGGGAAAAAAAUUAAUGCCUCUCUCCUAGAAAUUUUGCCCAGUCCUUUGAGCAUAGUGAUCUUUGGGUAGCGAAAACAGGUUAAACGCUUUUUUUAACAGCAGCAUUUAUAUUAUUUGGCUUUUUAAGGGAGGUUAAUUAUUAAUGGAUAGAAUAUAAAAAAAAGCUGAUAAAGCGGAAAAAGUUAUCUUUACAAAAUGCGGUUUGACAGUGUCAAGAGUGAAAUAAGCUGAAGUUUUGUAGUUAGCCCGAAGAAAACCUGUUCCUGCAUGAAAAGCAGAAAAGCAGUUCUGAUUCCCUUCUCUUAACUAGAAGAGAUGCAUAUCCUUGUGAACCAGUUUUUUAACCAGGAGCGAUUCCCACUCACUUCUCAUACUUUAUUGACACGAGUUCCUAUUUCAGUAUAUGUCUAAUUCAAGCUUAGCCGCGUGAUAGCUCUUCAUUAGCGAAAAGGUCCAAGUGAUAUUUUGAUUGACGUUUUGUUUUGGAUCCUGAGGUUUUUUAACACCUUUUCUCUAGCUUAACUGGCGAAGAUAUUCUAGGAAUUUGCCCUUCAAUUCCAAAUUCUUUGAUGUGCCGCCAGAUGCAGUGCAAAAAUAUCACCCCUUGCGGCUCCUCGUGCGCCAAAGAUGCAUUCCAAGCGCUGGGUGUCUCGACGGCCCCAAUUGAUGCUGUUGGUAGUUUAUUAGAGUCAGACUUUCCCACAAGUAAAGUCCGUAAACUUGAGCAGGCUAUUAAUGAAGAGAAAAAAUCGUACAUAAAAUUUCUUGAGGGUGUGAAUUCAGACGUUGCAGAGUUGAAGAAGAAAGUGGAAAGCGAUAUUGCUAGCAAAGAAGACGUCGCCAUGUUGGCACGAAAAAUAGAUGAACUCAAAGCUGUGCAAGACGUCAGUGAUAACAAAGAAGACAUCACUAUGUCGGCGCGGAAAGAAGGUGAGUUAAAAGGCUAGUGGAAAAAAUGCGCAACUCCUUUAACAAAGCUUAUCAAGCUAAUCUACCCAGGUGAAAAUGUAACUGAAAUCCUAAGCAAAAUAUUUUCACCACCUCCAAAACUGUAAAUAUGAUUGUAUUGGACUUGAAAGAAAUACCGGCACCUCUUAUGGGCUCUUGCCAAGUCAGGAGAGUAAUUUACAGAUUUCACUAGAUACAAAGCCGUGCAGCGAGGGUCUUAAUCGAGGCCGGAGAAAUAGCUCGUGAGUCAUUUGUUUGAGAUUCCCAGCGGUAGCUUUUGUCCGCUGCUUAUUAUUAUUUUGCACACCGAGUUACCGGCUAUAUCUGCGCUAUACAUAGUCAAUUUGAAUUCGCUAUAAUUUCAGCCUCAGUAAGGUUAAUUACUUCUUUUUAUGCAUCAAUAACAUUGUUGCUAUAGUGGCAGUUCCAUAAAAGAUGAAAAAUCCCAAAACAGAAAUGAAGGGUAUGUAUCCCAAACUCAGUACCAGAAAGCCCCGACACUCCAGGGGCCAAUUUACCUUCCUCCAAUUCCACCCAUGAUCAUCACAUAGCUACUUUUUCCUGUACACUCGUAUCGAAUGACUCAACUAAAAAAUAUGCUCUCAUUACCCAAACCAAAUAUCUGAUAUUCAGUUACCUUUUUCUCUUUUAAGAUAUCCCAAUAUCACUACCCCAAUCAAAGUUAAAGGGUGGCAAUCGUUUUGCAGAGAACCAAUCUUGUGAAGAUGAAAAAAUUAACAAAAUCGGAAUUGACCAAUCAGCUCUUCAAGCUCACCAGCGUGCCCUGCACAUACGUAUUAAACUGUUUGGAGAAGAACACCAAAGUACGGCUGACUGUUACAACGAACUGGGGAUAACACAGCAUAAGAUGGGUGAUUUCAAAGCAGCUCUGCAGUCAAAACAGCGUGAGCUGGACAUACGUAUUAAACUAUUUGGAGAAGAACACCAAAGUACUGCUGUCUCUUACUACUCCCUGGGGAUAACACAACAUGAAGUAGGCGAUUUCAAAGCAGCUCUUCAAUCUUACCAGCGUGCGCUGGACAUACGUAUUAAACUGUUUGGAGAAGAACACCAAAGUGCGGCUAGCUGUUACUACGAACUGGGGAUAACACAGCACAAGAUGGGUGAUUUCAAAGCAGCUCUGCAGUCAAAACAGCGUGAGCUGGACAUACGUAUUAAACUGUUUGGAGAAGAACACCAAAGUACUGCUCUCUCUUACUACUCCCUGGGGAUGACACAACGUGAACUAGGUGAUUUCAAAGCAGCUCUUCAAUCUUACCAGCGUGCGCUGGACAUACGUAUUAAACUGCUUGGAGAAGAACAUCAAAGUGUGGCUAGCUAUUACUACAAACUGGGGAUAACACAGCAUAAGAUGGGUGAUUUCAAAGCAGCUCUGGAGUCAAAACAGCGUGAGCUGGACAUACGUAUUAAACUGUUUGGCGAAGAACACGAAAGUACUGCUGUCUCUUACUACUCCCUGGGAAUAACACAGCGUGAACUAGGUGAUUUUAAAGCAGCUCUUCAAUCUUACCAGCGUGCGCUGGACAUACGUAUUAAACUGUUUGGAGAAGAGCACCAAAGUGUGGCUAGCUAUUACUACGAACUGGGGAUAACACAGCAUAAGAUGGGUGAUUUCAAAGCAGCUCUGCAGUCAAGACAGCGUGAGCUGGACAUACGUAUUAAACUGUUUGGAGAAGAACACCAAAGUACUGCUCUCUCUUACUACUCCCUGGGAAUAACACAGAGUGAACUAGGUGAUUUCAAAGCAGCUCUUCAAUCUUACCAGCGUGCGCUGGACAUACGCAUUAAACUGUUUGGAGAAGAACACCAAAGUGUGGCUAGCUGUUACUACGAACUGGGGAUAACACAGCAUAAGAUGGGUGAUUUCAAAGCAGCUCUGCAGUCAAGACAGCGUGAGCUGGACAUACGUAUUAAACUGUUUGGAGAAGAACACCAAAGUACUGCUCUCUCUUACUACUCCCUGGGGAUAACACAGCGUGAACUAGGUGAUUUCAAAGCAGCAUUUCAAUCUUAGGGACGGACCAUUAGAAAACGUAUGGGGGGGAGGGGGAUUUUCGAGCCGCAGGAAUUUGUUUUCGUUAUCAAAUUCCUUGUAGGAUUAAUUGGCGUGCAAGAAUGUUUUUUCAUUUUACUUCGCCCGCCCCUUUUUGGAGAAGAACAUCAAAGCACUGCUGUCUCUUACUACUCCCUGGGGAUAACACAACAUGAACUAGGUGAUUUGAAAGCAUCUGUUCAAAAUCAUCAGCCUGCCCUGGGCAUACGUAUUAAACUCUUUGGAAUAGAUCAUAAAAGCACUGCUGCCAGUGUUCGGGAAGUGGAGAAAACACAGCGCGGAUUGGAUGGCUUGAAAGGAGGACAUAAGUGGUCUUAG